AUGGUAGGAUCCCCUAUAAUUUACCUUAAAGGGGUUACGAUAAUGAUAUUCCAACUUUCUGGCUGCUACUGUAAGCCUCGAACGACUUGCAGGUCUGACACUACCAUGGCUACCACCACCAAGAAGCAGAACGAGGCGCGGAAGUUCGUGACACGCUACUUCCACACUGAGCUCGGGGCUGAAACGAAGCUCUUCCCAGCCAUCACGGACGAAGAGGCGAAGGCCAUGGUUCGAGCCGUAGCAGCCGCAACACCAAAGGAGUUGACCUGGCGCGCCGGGCGCGGAUAUAUGCUAGCACAGGAAGCCGAGUACUCGCCCUCUGACGGCUCCUUGAGCCUUCGUGGUUACGUUCGCGGGCCGGGGCUGAGGUGCCGCCACCUGGCUCACCUCACAGGUCACGGUGAUUUCGUCGUGGAGCGGAUCUCUACCUGCACUGAUCCGUGC